AUGUCCACAUUGAUUUACUUCUUCUUGACUCUGAAGCUUCCUGUGCUGCUGUGCAAGUUGGUUUUCCCUGGAUGUCCUGUCUCUUGGACAGACUAUGUAUGCCGGGAUGGAGACUUGAUGAUCAGUGCAUUCUUACCCCUUUAUACCCAUCAAACCUCCCAGCACAGUAAAGGACCAGAGGACACAAUAAUUCAUCCACAAAUUAAUGCCAACAACUACCAGUUUGCAAUAGCGUUGACUUUUGCCAUCAAAGAGAUCAACAGGAAUCCUCUUCUUUUACCUAAUGCAUCUCUGGGAUAUUGUAUCUACACAGCUGGGCCAUAUGAAAAACAGACAUCUUUUAGUUUCCUCUUUUGGCUCACAGGGGAAGACAAACUCAUUCCAAACUACACCUGCAGAAGAGAAGAAAAAUAUAUUGCUGCGAUCUCAGGAACAACAUGGGAAAUAUCUUCUUUACUUGGUAUAUAUCUUGGACUUUAUAACUAUCCACAGUUGACUUUUGGAACUUUUGAACCAAAUCUGAAUGAUCCUGUGAAGUUUCCUUCUCUGUAUCAGAUGGCCACCAACGAGUCUUCUCUGGUCUUGGGCAUGGUCUCACUGAUGGUCUAUUUCAGAUGGAACUGGGUGGGGCUGAUCAUCUCAGAAGAUGAAAAAGGUGUUCAUUUUGUCUCAGAACUGAUACUAGAGUUGGAAAAAAACAGUGUCUGUGUAGCGUUCAUGGAAAUGCUCCCAGUCAUGAAUGUACAUUACAUUGUUGAACCUAAUAUCAUUCAAAAUAGGAUUGAGGCAAGCACAGCAAAAGUAAUUAUCUGCUAUGGUGACACAGAGUCUUCUUUAGGAAUACUCUUCAGAAUAUGGGAACAUAUACUCCCAUGGAGAAUCUGGGUAACCACUUCACAAUGGGAAGUCUUUACUGCUAUGAAACAUUUAUUUCUUGAUUCAUUUCAUGGAACUCUAAUUUUUUCACAACACCAUGGUGAGAUUUCUACUUUUAAAGAUUUUGUAAAGACAGUCACCCCUUCCAAAUACCCAGAAGACAUUUUCCUUGCAAGAUUGUGGGAGAUUUAUUUUAAUUGUCCACUUUCACAUGCUUCCUGUAAAUCAGUAGAAAAUUGUUCAUAUAAAGGUUCCUUGGAAUGGUUACCUUGGUACUACUUUGAAAAGGCCAUGAGUGAUGGCAGUUACCAUGUAUACAAUGUUGUAUAUGCGGUGGCCCACACCCUCCACAAGAUGCUUCUGCAACAAAUAGACAUGUCAGCAGUGAAAAAUGGAGAAAGAAUGAAAUUUCCCCACUGGAAGCUGAAUCACAUCCUGAAGAACAUUCAAUUCACAAAUCCCUCUGGAGACCAAGUAAACUUGCAUCCAUCUGAAAAAUUGAAUGUAGAGUAUGACAUUCUAAACUUCUGGAAUUUUCCACAAGGUCUUGGAUAUAAAGUGAAAGUAGGAACAUUUUCCCCGUAUUUUCCACCUGGUCAACAAUUGUCCCUGUCGGAGGACAAGAUAGAGUGGAGCACAGGAGUUAGAGAGACUCCAACAUCUGUAUGCCAUGAAAGUUGUGUUCCUGGAUUCAGGAAAUCUCUUCAGGAAGGCAAGGCUGUCUGCUGUUUUGAUUGCAGCCUCUGCCCAGAAAAUGAAAUAUCCAAUGGAACAGGCAAGUAUUUGGAGCAGUGUGUGAAGUGUCCAGAUACUCAGUAUUCCAACACUGAGCGAACCCGCUGCCUCCAAAAAGUUGUGACAUUUCUGGCGUAUGAAAACCCUUUGGGGAUAACACUGGCAGGCAUUGCCCUGUGCUUAUCUCUACUCACAGUUCUUGUCAUUGGAGUUUUUGUGAAGCACCAAAACACUCCUAUUGUGAAGGCCAAUAACAGGACUCUCAGCUACAUCCUGCUCAUCUCCCUCACCUUCUGUUUUCUCUGCUCCUUCCUCUUUAUUGGUCAGCCCAACACAGCAACCUGCAUCCUGCAACAGAUCACAUUUGGAGUUGUCUUCACCUUGGCAGUGUCUACUGUCUUGGCCAAAACCAUCACUGUGGUCCUAGCCUUCAAAAUCACUAUGCCAGGAAGAAGGAUGAGGGGGUUUCUUAAAUCAGGGGCACCCAAAUUCAUCAUCCCUAUCUGUACAUUUAUACAAAUUAUCAUCUGUGGAAUCUGGCUAGGAACAUCUCCUCCCUAUGUAGACACAGAUGCACACUCUGAACAUGGUCAAAUUAUCAUUUUGUGCAAUAAGGGUUCAGUCACAGCCUUCUACUGUGUCCUGGUAUACCUUUGGGUGCUGUCCAUAGGGAGCUUCACAGUAGCUUUUUUGUCCAGAAACCUUCCAGACACCUUCAAUGAAGCCAGAUAUCUGACCUUCAGCAUGCUGGUGUUCUGCAGUGUCUGGGUCACCUUCCUCCCUGUCUACCACAGUGCUAAGGGGGAGGUUAUGGUGGCUGUGGAGGUCUUCUCCAUCUUGGCUUCUAGUACAGGGCUCCUAAGCUGUAUCUUUAUCCCCAAAUGUUAUAUUAUUCUCAUGAGACCUGAUAAGAACUCAUUGAAAGCUAUGAGAGAUAGAGUUCGAUGGAAAUAA